AUGUCAGCACUCACCAAGCGCGAGUUGGACGAACUUGCACAGCAUGGUGGUAACUACCUUGCAUGGGCAACUGAUGUGGAAAUCUGGCUCGAGGGUAAACAACUCUUGAGCCCGAUUGGCUUGGGUGGCAAAGGUGCCCCUGCCGCCACGUCGGCUGAGAAUGCCCAGACUUUGCACUUCCUACGCCACCACCUCUGCGCCACACUCAAGAUUGAGUACAUGGCUGAGCGGAGUGCCUUAGCCUUAUGGACCGCCCUCAAACGCCGGUUCGAAAGGCUGAAGUACUCCACCCAGCCCCAGGCAGAGGCGGAAUGGGCCCGGUUGAGGUUUGCGGAUUUCUGGUCCGUUGUCACCGAUAGCCAGAAGAUUGAGAAGACUCUCUCAACCUUUCAUCCGGAUGCCGUACAGUCCUCCCGGAGCUACCGGCAGGCGAACUACAAGGAAUAUUCUGAGCUGGUCGACAUCCUCCAAGUGGCUGAGGCGCAUGACGAGGUUCUCAAAAAAAAACUUUGUCAUCAAACCACUGGGGCUAGUGCGCGCCCAGAAGUGCAGGCCAACGCUUUAAAAAUCCGCAAGCCCCUCGAGAAGAAGAGGGGCAAGAAGGCAGGGAAGGACAAGAAGGAGGCCGAGGUGCCCAAGGGGCCCCAAGCAUACACUACUGACACCACCACACCGAUGGAUGUUGAACCCUCGGGGAAUCUUCCAUCUGGUCUGGACUUGGGAGACGCUGCAGCACUUUUCACCAUGGAUGACGUGACCGCAGACGACAUUGCGCUUGACGUCAGCCGUCUCAUGGAAGAGUCUACAUAG